UUCGUCCAACGUAUCUAGCGUACCUGUUAUUUAUCAACGUGCUUAUAAUUAAUAAUUAAAUCAUCGAAACUUGCAGUUUUUAUUUAUAUGAAAGUGAUAGUACAGUCUAAUUAUGGACAAGUAUUGCUUAGUAGCAUCUGGUGAAAGGGGGUGGAUUGUGGAGACGAGGUAUGUUUUCAAAGUAGGAGACAAUGGGAAUUUAUGUCCCAUUUCAUUGAAUGAAGAUGAAAAUGAGCUUUUUUAUGUACGAUACGACGGAGCGACGCCUUUAGACGACGUAAAAUCAUUGCUUCAGAUGAUGACCGCUAUGAAUUAAAAAGUCGUUAUAAUGGGUCUAUGCGAAUCAGGACUCUUAAGGUUUCAUACAGCCCAGGUGAUCACAAUAUCCCAGCUAGGAAAAAAAAUAAAAAAAAGGAUGACAUUACUCAGAUGUCCAAUACGAAGAAGACAGCAGAUUUUUAUCUUAACAUGUCAUCACCAAGAAAUCCCCUCAGGUCCUCCGAUGAUGAUGAGUUGAACGAGAGUGGCAGCCAAACUUACGAUAAUAAUUUUCAAUCGAAAUCAAGCAAGCAUGUUCGACCUGCGAAUCUAAUACGUGAACAGACCAGUAUGCAGAAUUUAUCAACGCCACCGCUGAAUAGUUAUGAAACGCCAGAGGAAGAAUCGAUAAAAUCUCUUCGAUCCGGAAGUACGCCCCGACCACAGUCUCUACAAAGGCGAAACCCGAGAAAGCGUACAGCACUUGGACCAAUGGCGAGGCUAACAGCACUAGAAGCAUCUGUUGCAGCAGCUAAUUCAAAAUUGUUAAGAUUAUUAAAAAAAAAUAAAGUACGACAACAACAGCAACAACAACAACAACAACAACAGCAGCAACGACAACAGAAUAUAGUGUAUCCAAAACUAACAGAAUCGGUAGUUGUAGAAGAUAACCAGGAGUUCAUAAUCAUCGAUGAGGUGAAAAUGCCAAGUGACAAAGUAGCCAUGAUGUUAUUAGCAGGAACUAUGAGAAAACGUGCCGAUACGGUCAUGCACGCUAUUUGGCCAGAUAACGUGAUGCAGAAUAUGUAUAUACAAUUGCCGAAAAACAGAAAUGAAAACCAUGUGGCAACCAGUAGCGCAGACACCCUUAAAGUUAAAAAUGUCUGCCUGUAUCUGCAACGAAAAAGGGAAAUCAAAUACAUUGAGGGGGGCCUAGAUGAUAUAACAAUAAACCUAAAGAGCUGGAUGAGUGAUUUAUUUCGGCAGUGUCGGAGUCGUUUAAAAAAAAAUCAACUAUAAGGAUCAGCUUCAUUAAGGAAUAGAUUAUUUUAAGUUUAACUUGUUGCAAUAAUUUUAAAAUUAUAUUAAAC